UUAAAUCCUUAUCCCUCCACCCCUUCCAUGCUCCUGCCGGCAGCACUCUGUCCUUCUCCCCUGCAGAUUACUCCAUCUCAGUGCCUCUCCACAGGUGCAUUAACCCUGCUUUAAAAGGGAGCCAUUCACCUCUUGUACAGGCUGAAGCUAAGACCAUCUCAGUCUUGCUCAUUUGAUCAAGAGCUCACAAAGUCGCCAUGAAGACUCAAGGGGUAGCCACAGAUUGGUUGAGAGCAUGCGUGGGAUUAUAUGUCACCGUUGCCCUGCUCUUAAAAGGGUCGUCUGGGUUAGUCUGUUACACUUCAGUGGAAUCACUGGAUUUAGGCUGCCUCCUGCGGUGGGAUUGUCCUCAUGCCAGUCCUAAUACCACCUAUACCGUGCAGACAAAGACUCAGGGGGACCCCUGGCAGGACGUACCAUGGUGCGUUUGGGUGUCAUCUCGCAGCUGUGACAUCUCUCAGGCCUUCUCAAACUUUGAGCUGUACAACAUGAUCCGUCUCGGCGUUCACCUCGACCCGAGCUCCACUGUCUGGAUCGAGCCACGCAAGUUUGACUACAGUGACUUCAACUACAGCCCUCCCUCUGUCUCAGUCUCCCUGAAAGACGAGCAGCUGUUGGUGAAGGUGCAGUUCCCCUGUGCCGCCAACAGGAGGUGCUCUUUGGAGAGAUGCUGUCCCAUCACUCAGCUGAUUGACCCCUGGACCACAGUGACUGUGUACAACAACCUCAAUCAGUCCCAGUACCAGAGCCGUACGGUUUGGACCCAGGAAGCCGUGUCCUAUGUGGAGUUUUCCGAUUUGGCUCCAGGUCAGAACUACUGUGCUGUUGCCAACUUCUCCUUCCCGACGUUCUCCAUGGCUGCUUCGCCCAAGUCUGCACCUCAGUGUGUUGUGACGCUUUCCAAAACAGGGCUGCUGCCCGUGCUGUGUGUGGGAAUUGGCCUAACUUCUCUGCUCCUUGUGCCACUACUGACUUUGUUUUUAAGAAGACCCAAUCAAGACGAACAAACCACUGAAAAUCAACCCAAGACUCAGAAUCAGGUGUCAGUACACGAUCCAGUCUCUUUGGUUCCUACUUUCCUGGAUCCUGUCGACCCUUGUGACAUCCACGUUGGUUUUGUUGAGGACGAAAUCUCCAUUGAUUCCUGUUCUAGUCUACAAUGUGACCAGGACCAGACCUCAACCCUGAAAAACUCCUGUGAUCCCAGACAUCCUGCCUCGAGCCCCGGUGCAGCGUACUGUGACAGCGGCGGGAUGGAGCUGGACCAACGUCUGGACUCUGGUAUCAGCAUACCUCCUGUGUCUCAAUCCUCUGAGGAGACAUUUGGGACAAUUGGAGAAUGAUACCUCAAGACUUUGAGCCGUAUACCACAUGGGCUGCUCUCUAAGGUUGGUGUCUAUGUCCAGGAUUCACCACAUCACUGUGAUGUACAGUGAACUUCUCAAAAAGCCUGGAGGAUAUCUUACCUUACUUUGAGAGAGAUGGAACAUUCUGUGUCUCAACUCUGCUAUAGAUCACUUAAAGACAUGAAGCCAGAGAAAGGCCCUAAGAUAUUGACAUUUGCAAUACAGUAUCUUUAUUCAGUCAAUCAAUCCAUUUUUAUCUAUUUAGCAAGAAAUCGCAACAAACAGGCAGAAACCUCAAUCAAUUAAUGGACAGCCAUCUGCCAUGACUGACUCGGCCAGGAAAGUGGGACAGAAGGAGGGACAGAAGGAUGGACAGAAGGAGGGAAAUGGAUAGACACAAAGAGACAAGGAGACGAACAGACGACCACAAAUAAUAACAACAGAUUACACUCUGGAUUAUCAACCGGACUGUGGAGUGGAGUGGUUUAUUAUUCUAUUAAAAUUGUCCCAUCAGAACAUAUUUAGAUCAUAAUUUUUGUGUAAUUCCAUUAAAGUGAUGAUACGAACCUUAAUUUCAGAGUGUUUGUCAUUGGUGUUUAUUGUU